AUGAUGGCCAUGAACGGCAAGCAGCACUUCUCCAUGCACCCUGCGCUGCACCCGAGCUCCGAGGGCAUGCGGCGGGUGUGCCUGCCUGCCCCGCAGCUCCAGGGCAAUAUAUUCAGCGGCUUUGAUGAGAGUCUGCUGGCCCGCGCUGAAGCUCUGGCGGCGGCUGACAUCGCGUCUCACGGCAAGAGUCACCCUUUCAAGACGGACGUGACCUACCAUACCAUGAGCAGCGUGCCCUGCACCUCCUCUUCGUCCACAGUGCCCAUAUCCCACCCUUCGUCCAACCUGCCCUCGCACCACCACCACCACCACCUCAGUCACCAGACCCUGGAGGGGGACCUGCUCGACCACAUCUCCUCCAGUUUAUCGGUCAGCGGCAUGGGUGCGCCGCCGGAUCCCUCGGUGAUGACCACUCAAGCCCACCAACACCACCUGCAAAUGGGCCACCUGCACCAAGCCAUGGCCAUGGGCCACCCGCACACCCUCUCGGUCCACAACGGCAUGGCGUGCGUCAACGACGUGGAGUCCGAUCCCAGAGAGCUGGAGGCGUUCGCGGAAAGGUUCAAGCAGCGGAGGAUAAAGCUCGGAGUGACCCAGGCGGACGUGGGCUCUGCCCUGGCCAACCUGAAGAUCCCGGGGGUCGGCUCGCUGAGCCAAAGCACCAUCUGCAGGUUCGAGUCCCUAACCCUGUCCCACAACAACAUGAUCGCUCUCAAACCCGUCCUCCAAGCCUGGCUGGAGGAGGCUGAAGCGGCUUACCGGGAGAAGAACGGCAAACCGGAGCUUUUUAACGGGAACGAGAGGAAACGAAAGCGCACGUCCAUCGCGGCUCCGGAGAAGCGGUCGCUCGAGGCGUAUUUCGCCAUCCAGCCGCGACCGUCCUCGGAGAAAAUCGCGGCGAUCGCGGAGAAGUUGGAUCUAAAGAAGAACGUGGUUCGGGUUUGGUUCUGCAACCAGCGGCAAAAACAGAAAAGGAUGAAAUACUCGGCGGUGCACUAGUGCUGGUAGAGCAAAGUAGACAUUUUAGGAACACC